AUGGGGAAGUCUUGUUGGCAGCAACUCACUCUUAAGGAUUUUGCAGUCCUAAUUCCACACCCGAAUGCACAAUCGGGGAUCAUCGUGGCGUCUCCCAUGGAUACAACAAAAUUGCCGUCCGCAAUAAUUGUCAAGAAGAAGAAAGGAAAUGUAACCGAGUCCUCGGUUCCCAGUGGUGUUGGCGUAGUUAAGACGAUAUUGGCGUCUGACCUUGUAGCCAGCCAAGUUAUACUUUUGUUCGCCGAGAGCGUCCACAACACCAGUCUGAUUGGAAAUAUGCAGUUUUUGGAUGGCCAGAGACCGGAUGCAGAUACAAACUACCUCCUGUUUCCAUAUGUCAGAGGGAACACGAACUCAGAAUUUUUCCUCCUGCUGACUGGGCGCAUGGGAGAUGAAGUGGUGGAGUACAACGUAAUGACCGACGAUGGAGGAACCACCUCAUUCAUUUUCAAUCCAGAGUAUGGCAAACCUACGCCUGCCACCUUACUGCGUGUUGAAUUCAGCGGUGUUUCCAUUCUGAAGCCUUGGGGAUUCGUACUUUGCCUACUUCCAGCCAUCGCAAUUAGAGCAAGUCUCUAA